UUCACUCUCACUAAUGCGUCUAGUGAAGCCAUUUUCAUAUAUCAAUGUUUUUCAUUUAUUUGGAUCUUAAAGGUUUAACUCAUAAUUGGAGCUAUUAUUGGCAGUCCAAGAUUGAUGUUUUGUAAUCUACUGUUUUUUUUUUUUUGUUAUAUUGUGGUACAGGUUAUAAAUUUUUUUCCAGCAGCUGUUACUCACGGGGAGAAUAACGAGGCUUGAGUUUUGUUUUUGUUUUUUUUCCUGGGUAUGUAGUGAAUUAUUUUUCUUUAGGGCACUUUUCGUUUGACUAUAUAUGAGAUUAUGUCACCAAGUUUUAGUGUGCUCUUGUUUCCCAUGACUCGCCGAUAGACAGCCACGCUGUCCCUAUUUUGUAGUGCUGAGUUUUGUUUUGCCUUUUGGGAAUUUGUCCUAAUAUCGCGGCGUUUUCUCCAUCUAUCCUCGGUAUUUUAAAAGUAAAGCAAACAUUCAGUUUGAAGCAACGUAUGCAACAUUUAACACGGUAUAACGAUCAAAUUAGUAUAGUGAUCAUCACAUAUUAACUUUUUUGAAAUAUUACUCUACUCUGCUGAAGGUCUUUUAGCUGGUUUAUUCAUACUAAAGACUUUCCAGUUACAUUUUAUAUAAACAGUAGCCUUUUACCCAAUUUUUAAAGCGGAUUGCUCUUUUUGUUUUACGCUACUGCGCUAAUGCGUUUGUUCUUUGUGCAAUAUGGACAACUUAUCAUUUAUUCUAUAUUUAUUUCCUUAUGUACUUUAUCAUUUGCCAUGGUGUACAUAAUCUCAAAUCACGGAAUUUAUCCACUGCCUGAUCUGGACCCAUGAGUUUGCUUUGUAUUUCCUGUGUGGUUUCCCGUCCAAUUCACUUCCACUUUGCAGGAGAAAAUAAAUGAUCACAUGAACAUCUGAAAUAUGUGUAUUUUAUUCCAAACAUUCUAAGCAGUGGAGGACUCCUAUAGUGAGGAAGUUCAGGUUUUGUACUCUAAGAGACGCUGUAGGUUAGCGGAAGGAGAGUACUAUUAGCAGCCAUCCUUCCGCUGCUUCACGCCUACUUGAUCUACAGCGGCAAUAGAUGUUCCUUGGGAAGAAGAAAGGAGUUAUUUUGCUUCAGAGCUCUCUGUUGUAUGCGAGGAAAUCCUUCAGUUUCUCAUAGUGCUUCUAAAGGUAGUAUAAGUACUAUUUUUUCCAUUUGUGUGGACGUAUAAGGACAUCUAGAUGGAAUUCGGUUUUGCAAAUUUUAUAUGGCGAUUGUUUUGGAUUUCACGAUGGUGUGUAGGAUUUCUCCUUUUCCUCAAUUCCAUCCGCCAUCAGGUGACUGGACAAAUUCGAUAUUCAAUCCCCGAGGAGAUGAAAAUUGCUUCCAUUGUCGGCAAUUUAGCACAAGACCUCGGGCUGGAUUUGAACAGGCUCCGGUCGGGCCGUGCCCGUAUUGUCAGCGGAGAAAAUAACCAGUACAUGGAGCUGAAGACAGACAAAGGGAUUCUUGUCGUGAAAGAGAGAAUAGAUCGAGAGCAGCUUUGUGGAGAUGUGACGCCGUGCAGCCUCAGCUUCGAAAUUAUUUUAGAAAAUCCGAUCGAACUUCAUCGUGUGGCAAUUGAAAUUUUAGACAUAAACGACAACGUCCCAUUCUUUCCGAAUAAACACAUUCAGUUUGAAACGAGCGAAUCUGCUACAAUCGGAGCAAAAUUUCCCAUUGAGAGUGCCGUAGAUACUGAUGUUGGACAGAAUGGAUUGCAAAAUUACGUCCUCUCUCCUAAUAAUCAUUUUAUUCUUAAAGUGUAUACAAAUCCAGACGGAAGUAAAUACGCUGAAUUGGUUCUCCAGAAGCCUUUGGACAGAGAGGAACUCCCCAGCCUCGCUUUAAAGGUAAUAGCUGUGGACGGCGGGAACCCACAGAGAUCUGGAACCGUUAGCAUAAAUGUAAUAAUUUUAGAUGCAAAUGAUAAUGCUCCUUUAUUUAAUCAGUCAGUUUAUAGAGCCGCCGUUGAGGAAAAUUCACCAAAAGGGACUUACAUUGCAACAGUUAACGCUACUGAUGCGGACCUUGGCAGCAACGGGGAGGUCAUUUUCAGCUUUUCAAAAAUAAAAGGCAGCGCAGUCGAUACUUUUACUAUCGAUGGAAAAACGGGGGUCAUAUCCGUGGCUGGAGAUUUAGAUUAUGAAAAACAGAAUAAACAUGAGCUCCGUCUGGAGGCAAGGGAUAGAGGAGGUUUGACUGGGACAAGUAAAGUUAUAAUUGAUAUUAGUGACGUAAAUGACAAUGUUCCAAAUAUUAAUAUAAUGUCAUUUUCAAACACUGUGUCAGAGGAUGCCCCUCCCGGGACAACAGUAGCUGUGAUAAACAUAAAAGACAAUGAUUCCGAAAAAAAUGGACAAAUAAGAUGUACAAUAGAAAAAACGCUGCCUUUUAAAAUCGAGUCAUCACUCACCAGCUACUAUAAUUUAGUGACAAAUGAGCAUUUCGAUAGAGAGUUGAAUUCUGAAUAUAAAAUUACUAUAACAGCAACGGACUCAGGUUCCCCUCCUCUUUCCAGCUCUGUCACAUUACGGAUGAGCGUCUCUGACAUAAAUGAUAACAUGCCGUUGUUUGAUAAAAACGUAUACUCUGCUUACAUUACAGAAAAUAGCUCACCGGGGAUACCGAUCACCGUUGUCAGUGCAAGAGAUUCUGACUGGAAUCAAAACGCAAGAGUUUCAUAUUUUGUAGAAGACACAGACGUAAAUGGUAAUCGAGUGUCUGAUUAUGUGUCCAUAAAUUCCGAAACUGGUGUUUUGCAUGCGGUUCGUUCAUUUGAUUAUGAAAAGCUUAAAGAAUUGCAGCUCAUCGUCAGAGCUCAAGAUGGAGGCUCUCCUCCACUCAGCAGCAACGUGACUGUGAAAAUCCUGAUCCAGGAUCAGAACGAUAACCCCCCUCAGGUUCUGUAUCCAGUCCAGACUGGUGGUUCUGUGGUGGCUGAAAUGGUGCCUCGUUCAGCAGAUGUGGGCUACCUGGUGACUAAAGUGGUGGCUGUUGAUGUGGACUCUGGACAGAACGCCUGGCUCUCCUAUAAACUGCAGAAAGCCACAGACAGGGCGCUGUUUGAAGUGGGCUUACAGAAUGGAGAAAUAAGAACUAUCCGCCAGGUGACUGAUAAAGAUGCUGUGAAACAGAGACUGACUGUUAUAGUGGAGGACAACGGGCAGCCCUCUCGUUCAGCUACAGUCAUUGUUAACGUGGCGGUGGCGGACAGCUUCCCUGAAGUGCUGUCGGAGUUCACUGACUUUCCACACGAUAAGGAGUACAAUGACAACCUGACUUUUUACUUAGUGUUGGCUCUGGCUGUGGUCUCCUUCCUCUUCAUCACGUGUUUAGUGGUUAUUAUAUCAGUGAAGAUCUACAGAUGGAGACAGUCCCGCAUCCUGUAUCACUCCAGCCUCCCUGUGAUUCCAUAUUAUCCUCCACGUUACUCAGACACUUUGGGAACAGGGACUCUGCCACAUGUGUACAACUACGAAGUGUGCAGGACGACUGACUCCAGAAAGAGUGACAAUAAGUUCGGAGGAGCUGGUGGUCAGAACGUGUUGAUAAUGGAUCCCAGUUCUACAGGGACGAUGCAGCGAAUACAGAGUGAGAAGAACAUCCUGGAUGAACCUGACUCUCCUCUAGAGGUUAGUUAUCCUAAACCAAUGAUCCAAUUUUGGUUUUGA